AUGUCAUUCUGGCGUAUGGGAUCCGGCUUUUCGUCGGUCAGUGUGAUUGACAAGAUUCUGGACAACCCAGACCACACGUUGCACGAGCUUCUGGAGGAGCCCGACCUGCUCCAGGAGGUGCUCAACUCCAACGCCAAGCUCACCGAGUAUCUGCGACGAGACGAUAUUCUGGAGGAGCUGGUUCAGCUGGUCAAGGGGUCUCCGGAGAGCUCAAAAGAGGAGGGUCAGGGCGAAGGUGAGGGCGAGAACGAGGGCUUCGACGACAAGAAGCCCAAUUCUGAGGAAGAUAAGGACAAGAAGGACGACUGUGAUAACGACAAUGACGUGGAAAUGGCAGAUUCGGACGACAAGGAGCAACCUAAGGAGGAGGAGGAACCGAAGCAGGGAGAGCAAGCGACCGACGCAGCAGACCCCGACAAAGACGACGAGGACUCGGACACGUCGUUCGAUUCCACAUCGUCAGACCCCUCCAAGUACAAGCUCGAGGAGGAGGACCAGCAGCACUACGCGUCGGUGGCCUCUGAAAUCCUGUCUGCCGAGGUCUGGUCACUGACAGAGGCGCUCAUGGAGCGGGAGGAGCUGGUGCAGCAGAUCUGGGAGAUCCUGGACUACCCGGCCCCGCUGUCCAUGAACCAGGCACAGUUCUUCACGAAAAUCUCGGAGCAUCUGCUGGACAAAAAAACAGACGAUAUGAUUGCAUUCAUCAAGCGGCAGUCCAACUUUGUCGAGCGAUUCAUGCGCCACAUUGACGACCCGCCACUCAUGGACUUUCUGCUCAAGGUCAUUUCCACCGACAAGGCCGACAACUCCACGGGCAUCAUCGACUUCCUGCAGAAACAGCGCCUGAUCCCGUCGCUCAUUGCCUUUCUAGGGCCCGACGUGCCGUCCUACAUCCAGUCUGCCGCGGGCGACUUUGUCAAAGCGUUUGUAACCAUGUCGGCCAACUCAAACUCGGACAACUCCACUAUUGGCCCCAACGAGCUGUCUAGAGAGCUUGUUUCAGAGCCUGUCGUGCGCGAGUUUGUGCGACUCAUGCUGUUUGGAGGCACCGGCCUUGCUACCGGCGUGGGCAUCAUCAUUGAGAUCAUCCGAAAGAAUAACUCCGAUUAUGACUACAUGCCUGUGUUGUUCAUUACCAUGAAAACACACCCUCCGGGACCUCGAGACCCCAUCUAUCUCGGCACGCUGGUGCGCAUCUUUUCGCAGCACAUUCCCGAGUUCCAGGCCAUGCUCACCCGUCCCAGCAAUAAGACGCUCAAGACCCCCAUUGGCGACAUUGAGCCACUGGGCUUUGAGCGGUUUAAGAUCUGCGAGCUGGUGGCAGAGUUGCUGCACUGUUCUAACAUGACACUGCUCAAUGAUCCCAAGGGCGAGACCAUUGUUGCCGAGCGAGAUGCCGAGCGAGAGCGAGUCAAACAGGUCAUCGCCAAGGCAAACGAGGACGGUGGCGACAUUGACUUUGCCCGUCUUUCAGUGUCCAACGAGGACGAGGAGAACGAGGAGCAAAACGAGGAGGAAGAAGGCGAGGCUGCCAAGGCUGACGCCGAAGAGGCCAAGGCUGAUUCAGCCGAAACCAAGGCCGAGUCCGAGGCAGUCGAAACCGAAGACAAGGACGACUCGCUGGAGGCAAUCGAGGCAGCCCUGCGCAAGGACCCCGUGGUGGGCGAUCUGCUGAAAAUCUCACUGGUGGACAACGACGUCAUUGUCACGAUUCUCAACAUGUUCAUGAAGUUCCCUUGGAACAACUUUCUGCAUAACGUGGUGUUUGACAUUGUGCAGCAGAUUCUCAACGGCCCCAUGGGUGACGGCUUCAAUCGGUUCCUGGCCAUCAAUCUGUUUGAUAAGGGCCAGCUAACCCAGCUCAUUGUGGACGGCCAGCAGCGGUGCGACGAGUACGAGACCGAGCACGGUACCCGAAUCGGUUACAUGGGCCACUUGACGCUCAUUUCCGAGGAGGUGGUCAAGUUCACGGCGGUGUUUACCCCCGAGUCUAUCUCUCCGGUGGUGGCUGCCGCCGUCACGGUCCCUGAGUGGAUCAUGUACGUGGCCCACACGCUGGUCAAGACCCGGGAACAACACAAUGCUCUGCUUGGCGGAGCUCGGCCGGACCACAACUCUGUGGCGCACAAUCCCGACGCCAUUAUUCUUGGCGACGGAGCUGGCAACGAGCUCGGUGAAGAGGAGGCAGAGGACGACGAGCGAGAUGGCGGAGUGGUGGACGUCGACGAGGACGCCAAGGAGGACAACCCCGACCAGUUUUCGCGAUACAUGAGUCAGCAGAUCACUGGCGACAUGCCCGACCGGUUCGGCUCAUCCGACGAGGACGAUGAGGACGACGUCUGGGAGGAACGCAAGUUCUCCAACGAUCUCAAACCGUUCCACACCUCGAACAAGAAGGAGUCUUCGGACGAGGACUCCGAUGUGUCUGAGGGUGAACCAGAGGUUGAGAUUGAGCAGGAGGUCGAGGUCGAGGGAGCUGACAAGGACGCAGCAUUACGUUCGAGCAAGGAGGAUAGCCAAAAGUCUGACGGAGACGCAAAUGAGGAACCUGAGAAAUCGGAGGAUGCAUAA